AUGGAAGGUCAAGUGGUCGAGCUCACGGAGGCGGAGCAGGCACAGCAUCAGCUGCAGAUGGAGCAGCAGCUCAAGUCUUUCUGGGCUAAGCAGCUCCUGGAGAUGGAGCAGCUCGAAGUCGGUAGUGAACAAGAUUUCAAGAAUCAUAACGAUCUACCCUUAGCGCGCAUCAAGCGCAUCAUGAAGUCGGACGAAGACGUACGCAUGAUCAGUGCCGAAGCACCCGUGCUCUUUGCCAAGGCCUGCGAGAUGUUCAUCUUGGAGCUCACGCUGCGCUCGUGGGGCUAUUCGGAGAAGAACAAGCGGCGGACGCUGCAGAAGGAGGACAUUCAGACAGCCAUUCGAAACACGGACGUGUUCGACUUUCUUGUGGACGUCAUAAACUAG